GGCGGGUUCUUCGAGUGGUGAGUGCGGCGCCGGCGGGAGGAGCCUCCCGGGCGGCGGCCCUCGGGGUCGGAGACGGCGGGCAGGGAGCAAGGGGCAGCAGCUGGCACCCCAGGAAGAGGGAGAUGUCCUCGGCUUCUCAGACGUAAUGCACUUUGAGUUUGUUACUCAGCAGUGACAAUGAGUCAUACAGAGGUUAAGUUAAAAAUACCUUUUGGAAAUAAAUCACUAGAUGCCGUUUGUUUUGUACCUAACAAGAGCUUACCAUACGGGAUAAUCCUUACACACGGAGCGUCAGGAGACAUGAACCUUCCUCAUCUGAUGUCACUGGCAUUCCACCUGGCAUCCCAUGGGUAUUUUUGCCUGCGAUUUACCUGUAAGGGCCUUAAUAUUGUCCAUCGAAUUAAGGCGUAUAAGUCCGUUUUGAGUUUUCUAAAAACUUCAGAAGAAUACAGACUUGCAGGUGUUUUCCUUGGAGGUCGUUCCAUGGGCUCCAGGGCAGCUGCUUCUGUCAUGUGCCAUGGGGAGCGAGAGGAUGCCGGUGACUUUGUCCGAGGUCUGAUUUGCAUCUCUUACCCACUGCACCGCCCAAAGCAGCAGCAGAAACUUAGAGAUGAAGAUCUCCUUCAUCUAAAAGGCCCCGUGCUCUUUGUGUCGGGUUCCGCAGAUGAAAUGUGUGAGAAGAACUUGCUGGAGAAAGUGGCACAGAAAAUGCAGGCUCCCAAUGAGAUCUGCUGGAUUGAGAAGGCAAAUCACUCUAUGACAGUGAAAGGACGAUCGACAAAUGAUGUUUUCAGGGAAAUAAACACACAGAUUUUGUUCUGGAUUCAGAAAAUCACUGAAAUGAACAAGCAAGAAUGACUAUGAGUUCAAAGCUAUAUUAUUUUGAAUACAGAUACAGUUACCUUGAUAAAGAACAGCGUUCCUCUCAGCAUUCAGAGACAUUUUCAGAUUAAGUUAAUAUUCUUAACGUUUCUCCAUUUUUAAAUGUUUUCACUGUGGAAAUUAAUGUUCUCUACAGAGUGCUUUACAAACACUGUUAUAUACAUAUGUACAAGUAUUAAAGGUGGUCUGUAAUUUUCAUUACUAUACGUAUGUUUUGAAAAUAUAUUAAGCAUUUGAAUUUUG